GCGUAGUAAGCUGAGAGCCGGCGCUAUAAAAUGUGGCGACCAGAUACGGAUGCAUCAGUUUGUCUUGAAAUUUCAAAAGAAAAAUAAAAAAAACUUGUGUGUAAAAUGUCGCUUACAAUCAAGACAGCUGUUUCACAUCCUGAGCUUAAGGAUCUUAGAACUGUUCGAAAUGAACAAAAGGAACUCAGCAUAUUGCCUGUGCACCAUGUUAACAUUCCCAAAGCCACAGCUACCUUCGGGAUGGGAUGCUUCUGGGGAGCCGAAUCGCUGUAUGGAGCGACCCGGGGCGUUUUGAGGACUACUGUGGGCUAUGCCGGGGGCAGCUCUGAAUUGCCAACGUACCGUAAACUGGGCGAUCACACGGAGGUUCUGGAAAUUGACUACGAUCCCACAGUGAUCAGCUUCAAGGAGCUAUUGGAUCUGUUCUGGAACAAUCAUGAGUACGGGCUGACGACACCAAUCAAGCGUCAGUACGCCUCCUUGAUUCUCUACCAUGAUGAUGAGCAGAAGAAAAUGGCUGUAACCUCCAAGCUGGAGGAGCAGGAGCGUCGGGCACCCGAGCUUAUUACUACUGAGGUGGCACCCAAGGUGAACUUUUAUGCGGCCGAAGCCUAUCAUCAAAAAUAUAGACUGCAGGGUCACAAGGAUCUAGCCACCUCUCUAAACCUCAACCCCACGCUGUUGCAGAGCAGCUAUGUGGCCACCAAACUGAAUGGCUAUCUGGCUGGUGUCGGGGGCAUGGAGCAGUUCAAAUCGGAGGUGGAUACAUUAGGACUCACGCCCACCCAGCGUCAGUACUGUAGCUAUCACGUAGAGCAAAACGAGGGUCAGGGCCUCUACUGCUGACAUGGACGUCUCUGCAUAGAUGUUAAGCUAAUAUCGUAAAAAAAGGGGGCAUAAAGUAAUGACAAGAUUUUAUUUGUUUAUUUGCUACAAAAAAUGCGUAUUAUGUAGAUUACGAAUAUCAAAACAAAUAUUAAAUAUAUACAAAAUA